AUUUUCACCACCUUUGGUUUCCAGACAAAUCCCCUUCCCUUCCUUCUCUUCAAAUAUUCACUCACUCCUCCACCGAAACCAUGAAACCCAUUAUUAUAAUUCUUUUUGAAGCUCUCACAAAUUCCAGAAGGUAAACUCUCUAGCUUUACGGCAACAUAAGAACAGAAGCUGUGAGAAUCAGCUAAGAAGAAGGAGAGAUGGGUGUGGAUUAUUACAAGAUUUUGCAGGUUGAUAAGAACGCCAAAGACGAUGAUUUGAAGAAGGCUUAUAGGAAGCUUGCCAUGAAAUGGCAUCCUGAUAAAAACCCCAAUAACAAGAAAGAAGCAGAGGCCAAAUUUAAGCAGAUCUCUGAGGCCUAUGAGGUUCUGAGUGAUCCCCAGAAGAGAGCAAUCUAUGAUCAGUAUGGUGAGGAAGGGCUCAAGGGCCAAGUCCCACCACCAGACGCUGGUGGCCCUGGUGGAGCAACCUUCUUCCAAACUGGAGAUGGUCCAAAUGUUUUCAGAUUCAACCCCAGGAAUGCUAAUGACAUUUUUGCUGAGUUCUUUGGGUUUUCUAACCCAUUUGGAGGGAUGGGAGGUGGCGGCGUUGGCAUGGGUGGAAUGAAAGGCGGUUCGAGGUCGUUUGGUAGCAUGUUUGGAGAUGAUAUAUUUACCUCUUUUGGUGAGGGUCGACCCAUGAGUCAGGGUCCUCGUAAGGCUCCUCCAAUUGAAAAUACUUUGCCCUGUAGCCUUGAGGAGCUAUACAAGGGUACCACAAAGAAGAUGAAGAUUUCAAGAGAAAUUGCAGAUGCUAGUGGGAAGACCUUGCCGAUAGAGGAAAUUCUAACCAUCGACAUCAAGCCUGGUUGGAAAAAGGGAACAAAAAUCACAUUCCCAGAGAAGGGCAAUGAGCAACCCAAUGUAAUCCCUGCAGAUCUUGUGUUCAUAAUUGAUGAAAAACCUCAUCCUAUAUUUACACGAGAGGGUAAUGACCUUGUUGUCAGCCAAAAGAUAUCACUGGCUGAAGCACUUACAGGCUACACUGUCCAUCUCACAACACUGGAUGGAAGAAGCCUGACCAUCCCCAUCAACGGUGUGAUUCAUCCAAGCUAUGAAGAGGUUGUUCCAAGGGAAGGUAUGCCAAUGCCAAAAGAUAUGUCGAAGAGAGGUAACCUGAGAAUUAAGUUCAAUAUCAAGUUCCCAACAAGGUUAACCGCAGAGCAGAAGGCAGGGAUUAAGAAACUACUGUGGGCGUAGGCAGGCCAUGCCUUUUUGUUGCACCAGGAGUGGAGACUCUUCACCCUUGUGAAUAGUGGGUGCAAUUUGGUUCUAUAUUGGAGAAGGCUGUGUUAUUUGUAUUAGUUUGGGUUGUAAGAAUUAAGUAAUACAUUUGGUAUCCAGAUGAAUAAUAAACUCAAUUAAGAGCUAGCCAAUCUAGUGAUUUUCAAAGAAAAUGUAGCUAAAACAGUUUUGUUAAUGAGAAAUUUUGGUACAUUUUGGAACUCUAGGGUCAGGCUAAACUGGAUUAAUGAAAGUAGUGGCCUUUU